AUGCCACACGAUUACGGACUUGGCGGGAUUGGCCCCCAGCCAAAGCAUAUCGACCGGAAAGCUAUCCACACCAGUCUAGAGGAGAGAAUUAAAUAUCUUCAUGACUUUCUCGAGUUUGGUUCUGCCGAUAUUGAAGCUCUCGCCAGCGGUGCCAAGUACAUUAAGCAACUCAUCCCUGCCGUCGUAAACCUCGUCUACAAAAAGCUUCUUCAAUAUGACAUCACCUCGCGUGCCUUUCACACUCGAUCGACGGCAAAUGAGGACGAGUUGGAAGAAGACUAUCUACACGAAGAGGCCCCCAAGAUCCAACGACGCAAGAUGUUCCUUCGCUGGUACCUUAUUCGUCUAUGCCAAGACCCCACAAGCAUGGAGUUCUGGAGAUAUUUAAACAAAGUCGGAAUGAUGCACAGUGGCCAGGAGCGUAUGCACGCCCUCAACAUCGAAUACGUUCACAUCAGCGUGUGUAUGGGAUACAUCCAAGACAUUUUCCUCGAGGCUUUGAUGUCUCAUCCACACCUGUCCCUCCGCCGCAAGAUCGCCCUCGUACGUGCGGUGAACAAGAUCCUUUGGAUCCAAAACGAUCUCUUCGCCAAAUGGCGUGUCCGUGAUGGCGAAGAAUACGCCGACGAAAUGUCAGUCUACAGUUUCGGAUCUCGCGAAGGCUACCUCGGAGAUAAGAAGAUUCUUGGCUCCAGCUCAGGCAGCUCGGAGGACGAUGAUAGAUCGAGUAUUGCCAGCGGUGUCACAACGGCCCAAAGCAUAGCUCCUUCAACGGCCCCUUCAACACAUACUACACAGACCACUGAUAGCAGCCGAACUGCGCAAAGUGGUUCAACCAAAGCAUCGGCGUGUCCGUUUGCUGAAUUCUCCAAAGCGCAAUCUAUGGAAACUAAAAUUUGGGCUGGGAAUCAUUAG